CGAAAGUUCUCGCUUCCCCCCUCUCCCAAAAUUCCUUAGAAUCUCACUGUUGUUCCCUGAGAUGGCUCGUACUAAAAUCCGAGGCUGAGGCCCGACUGUUUCGCCCAACUAUUUUGUGUCCCUCUUCAACCCUUCAGUGUACACCAACCAUGGUCAUUGUCGGCAUCCUCGCUUUACAGGGAUCUUUCAACGAACACAUCGCAGCACUUAAGCGGCUUGGAGUGAAGGGAGUGGAGAUAAGGAAGCCGGAGCAGCUUCAGAGUGUUAGCUCUCUUAUCAUCCCUGGAGGAGAGAGCACCACCAUGGCUAAACUCGCCGAGCUUCACAAUCUU